CACAGAGUGGGGAAAAGAGAGAGCCACAGAGAUAGCAGCAGAUGGACCGCUGCAACACAGCCUGCAACACAGCCUGCAACACACUUACAAAGGAUAGACUGUAUGUGUGACGGUGUGUAUCCCAGAGAAUGCUUGUGAAUGGGUGAAUGUUUUUCAUGUGUUCUGGAAUUGGACGCUGUGAGCAAUAAUCCUCUUGAGGAAAAAAAGGAUACAGACAAGUGAAUAGGAAACAGAAGAGUGAACACACUUCGGUUGCUUUCACAGGGCAGACGCAAGCCCCGAUACCUACUGUAGUAAGCCUGUUAUGUUAAUGUGACAGGCUUACAGAGUAUACAUGCUACAGACUGUAACGGGACAUUUGGUUCAUUUGAGUCUGCCGAAGAACUAAACUGUGUCUUUAAAAGUAGUGAAGUGAGGGAGAGGUUGGAGGGCACCUUUGGGAGCACAGAGAGGGGGAUUCUCUAUGGUGAGGAGUGAUGAGUCUGGACCCUGUGCAGGUGAUGAGCGGACAGGUCAAGGAGCUCAAAGUUGCCCCUUCGUCCAACGGGGACAACAGAGCAUCAUGGGAAGAGAAAGAAGAGUUCGAUCAAGACCACCUGGGCCUCACCACCAAGCCGAAACCAGUGACAGGGAGACGAGCCCGGAAGGUGGAGGGAGGCAUGUUCUUCCCAAAGCCAGAGAACGCGGUGACCGUCGCUGUGUCUUCUCGGGUCAUGUUUCGGACCGAGCGGGAGCAGAAGGUGUUUGAGCAGAAAGGAGUGGAGGAGUAUCUUCGAUACCAAAUCGAACACGAGAACGAACCCUUCGCCCCGGGACCCGCUUUCCCCUUCGUCAAGGCUCUGGAGACCGUCAACGCUCGUCUGCGGGAGCUGUACCCACAAAGUGAAGAGCUGUUUGACAUUGUUUUGGUGACGUACAACCAUGCACACGUAGGAAUCCGGCUCAUCAACACCAUUAACCACCACAAUUUGUUCAUUGAGAGGUUUUGUAUGACGGGGGGAAGCAGUCCUAUUGGCUACCUGAAGGCCUGGCACACCAACCUCUACCUGUCUGCUGACGCUGACAAGGUCAGGGAGGCUCUGGCUGAAGGCAUCGCCGCAGCCACCAUGUUCAUGCCAGAGAAGCUGACAGAGGUGUCAGAGUCCCAGCUAAGGGUGGCAUUUGAUGGCGACGCCGUCCUCUUCUCUGAUGAAUCGGAGCGCAUCUUCAAGGCCCACGGGCUGGACAAGUUCUUCGAACAUGAGAGGGACAAUGAGGACACACUAUUGGAUCAUGGUCCCUUAAAGGGCUUCCUGGAGGCACUGGGGAAGCUCCAGAAGAAGUUUUACGCUAAAGGCCAGCGCCUGGACUGUCCCAUCCGAACAUACUUGGUCACAGCUCGUAGCGCAGCCAGCUCUGGGAUCCGGGCGCUGAAGACACUCAGGGCCUGGGGCUUGGAGAUUGAUGAGGCCUUGUUCCUCGCAGGAGCACCUAAGGGCCCCAUGCUGGAGAAGAUCAGGCCUCACAUCUACUUUGAUGAUCAGAUGUUUCACGUGGAGGGAGCGGCCGAGAUGGGCACCGUCGCUGCCCAUGUCCCCUACGGCAUUGCACAGAAACAUAACCCCAAACAGAAAUCCAGUGUGGGGAAGUAGCCAGCAGGCCUUUUAAGAGGCCAUAGGCACAGCUAUCCAAGAGAGGAAGGAUCGGAUGGAGAAACAUCUCAGAGAACAGCAAAGUGAAGUUGUGAGGUUUCAGAGAACUUGUACUGAAUUGUAUGUGGAAAUGUAUCAUUUCCAUACUGUCGCAAUUGUAAGAUUGUUUUAUCACAUGUGAACUGUCUCAGCUUACUAUGUUAGGAGUUAGAUUCAGGUCUGGGUAGAGGUCAAGUAGAGGUCUGGAACCUGAGAUGACCUGGAUGCCAAGUGUCCCUCAGCUUUACAUUUCAAAGCCUCAAUCUACUCAACACUUAAGUGUUUCGCCAAGUCUUGCUUUAAACAGGAAUUUCGAAGGUGCUUGAUUGCCAUGGUGACCUGCCAUUUCUCUCACUACUACUUGUCUUCAUAAAGAAGACAUCUCUUCAGUAAAUGUGGGAGGCAUCACUGAUAUUUAUAGGCCUACUGUUUAAGUAAAGCACAGAGACUACACUGUAUGUCACCAGUAAAUGAGCCAUUUAAGCGCAAUGCAGCGGUAUUAUAAGGUUAAAGAUUAUAGUGAUGUACUGUAGCACAAGAGUCAUGAUUUAAAGUUUAUGUUUCAAUCAUUUUACACAGUUUGAUUUCACAGGAAUGUAAAAUUGUUUGUUUGCAACCAUACAAAAUGUGUUGUAUAUUACUGAAUAUAUUAUCUGGUGUUAGUCCAAAACAAAUUUAGAAAGCCAUAAGUUUCAGUUGGUGCCUUAGUUUCAAUGGAGACACUAUUUUUAGCCAGUUUAGCAGUGUGGUAAGUCCAGUAUUUUGGUCCAGGGUGAAAUAUCUCCACAACUAUUGAAUGGAUUACCAUAACAUGCAGAAAUAGAAACCUAGUGAAUUUGGUGGUGAUCCCCUGACUUUUUAUGUUGCCUCGCGGGUUAAAAUUUGAACUUAAAGUUUCAGUUCAUAACAGAAUGUUAUUUGUCUAUAAAGCCUAAGUACACCUGACGCUGACGACGCACAGGGAAGACUGAUUAAAGUUGAGUGAAUUCUGACAAUUCUGUUGUGAAUUCUGACAAUUCUGUUGUGAAAUCUUCCUAAAAUAGCUGCUUGUUGUGUGGUAUAUAGCCACAUGGCUUUCUAUAAAAAAAACAGGUGAAAAUUUGUGAAACAGGUGGAAAGUUUUUUUGCCACAUUUUUAUAAAAUUCUGUUAUAGUAAUAUUGUCCAACAUACACAAUUUGCCCUUGUGCUUCGAUAAAUUAUUCAUUACUCAUCUAAAAGAAAACAGGAAUGCUUUUAGUGCUAUUUAAAACAUGGGGCAGGGGUGCACUUUGGUCUUUUGUGGGCAAUAUUAGUAUUACAACAACAACAAAUUAUCUUAGAUGAGAAAAGAAUAGACAAUUAUCCUGGCAAAACUUUGUUUGUCAUUUGAAAAAAUAAAAAUGAAGGUACUUACUAGAUUAUCUAAGCCUUUUUUAACCCCAAAAAUGGAUCACCAGAAUUUGUUUUUAUCACUUGCCUCUCGGAGCUUCUGUACUUGGCUCACUCAGGCUGAAUUUUUGCUCCACAAUGGUAAUAAGAAGAAAAGCUUUAUCUCAAUGUUGAAUCCAUCCAUGAAUCUUGCUUUCCAGUGUUUAUAAUGAGUAUUACAGCCUUAAUGGCCUUCUAUGGCUAUUGUUGUUUAAAAGCAAACCUGGUUGCUGACAUGAGGGCAUUACAGCCUCUUCACAGGGUGCUGUGGUUUCUUACCAACUGAAGUACCACAGUAACAGAGGUUUAGCAAGCAGCUAGGUUGAUUUUACUGCCCUCUCCUGUGCAUCACAGUUAGUACAAAGUCACACUCUGCUAAGGUGGCAUUGAUAGUAUGGCACUGUAAAGUUUCACCAGUUCAACUACAUCUGAAAAUCAAUACCUUGUUACAGUUACAGUAUGACUUAUGUUUGAUUGAAAAACAUAGAAUUUGUCUUUCAUCGACAAAAUGGCUGCAAUGGCCUUUUGAAAAUGUCAAUCCACUACACAUCCCUCGCCACUGCUUACAAGUCCUUGGAAAUCUUUCACCUAGUGUACAUUUAGUGAUGCUUCAUUACACCUCACCAGCCUUCUGAGGGCCUUGAAGCUCAGGAAAGUGACAAGCAAUCCACCAGUUUAAUUUCACAGCCAAAAAACACAUAAUUAAACAGAUGUGGCUUUUGGCAGACGUUGGCCCUAAAAUGAUGGCUGAGUCAUCAGAUUGUAAAGUUUCAGCAGGAUCAGUCAGAGCAGUUUGGACUUUGGGCUGACAUUUAGGUAUAGAUAAACACAGAUGAAGCAACGUUUGAACAUUUAACAACCAGUUUAUGAUGACGUUUUUGACACGGAUGAAAGAAAUGGCUUUGCAAUAAGAAAAUGUACAUGAACAAAAAAUAAAGUUGUAAAUUAUA